AUGGACGAACUUCCUAUUACCGACCCUUCCAUCCAUGCCAACCUCCUACUCGAAUCGAAGGAGGAUGUCUUCAAAAAAUAUUCCGUCGUCCAAGUGCUCGGUAAUGGAUCAAUGGGAACCGUUUCCAAGACCAGAGAACACAAUAGUCAGGACUAUAUAUACGCACUCAAGUCCAUCAUUCUGGAUCGGGUCUCUUCUGUCUUCCUGGACGAGCUCCGUAACGAAAUUCUUAUCCUUAGAUCAUUGGAUCAUCCCAAUAUUGUCAAAGCGCACGAGGUUUACUACACGAGGAAGCAGAUUUAUCUCGUAUUGGAGUUGUGUGAUGGCGGAGACCUUUAUACCAGGUCGCCUUACAGUGAAAGGGAAUCGGCAAGGAUUCUGCAACAAAUAUUGUCGGCAGUGCGGUACAUGCAUGAUCACGGAAUUGUUCAUCGGGAUCUCAAGUUCGAGAAUAUCAUGUUUGAGAACAAUAGCCCCAGUGCUCGAGUCAAAAUUAUAGAUUUUGGAUUGUCUAAAAAGUUCCUUGGCAAACCGUCGUACAUGACCGAACGCGUUGGUACCGUCUAUACGAUGGCCCCGCAAGUCCUGCAAGGAGUCUACUCAUCGCAAGCUGAUCUUUGGUCCGCUGGAGUGAUAGCCUACAUGCUGUUAUCGGCUUCAAAGCCUUUUUAUCACAAACGACGGCGCAAGAUGAUUGACCAAAUCAUGAGGGCCGACUUCGGAUAUAAUGCACCGGUCUGGAAGCAAAUAUCAGAAAGUGCGCAAGAUUUUGUAAGUCGAUUACUAGUGGUGGAUCCAAAGAAAAGACUGAAUGCAGAAAAAGCAUUGGACCAUUCUUGGAUUGUGAAUCGCGAACGCUUGCCAGAUGAGACACCAUCCGAGGAUUUGUUGGCCGCUGUCGAUGAUUGCCUCGUGAAUUAUCGACAAACGUCGGAGCUGAAAAAGCUAGCUUUAAACAUGAUCGCCCAUCGUUCUACCGCGGAAGAGAUCAUGCAACUUCGGAAAGUUUUUGACAGCUACGACACCUCGAAUGAUGGAAUUAUUACAUUUGAUGAAUUCAAAGCAGCUUUGCACAAAAUGAAAUAUCCGGAUGAGAUUGUACAGGAAGUUUUUAGCAGUAUUGAUGUCAACCGAAAUGGCCAUAUACAGUACACGGAAUUCAUUGCAUCGACCGUCUUGGCACAGGGACAUAUCGCAGAGGAUCGGGUCGCAGUAGCUUUCGAUCGCUUGGACUCUGAUGACACCGGCUUUAUUUCCAAGAAGAACUUGCAAAACGCAUUGGGCAAGGAAUACACUCCAGAACUCGUCGAAAAUAUAAUGGAAGAAGUUGACAAAGAUAGGGAUGGCAAAAUAUCAUAUACCGAGUUUCUGCAAUACUUUCGGAAGGAAACGAGCAAU